UAAAUAGAAACAAAAUACACUAAUCUUCAUAUCACAAUCAAAAGUUCAUCGCAAUGGCCCUCAACAUCUCAUCUCCUCCAAGUAUCAUGUCUCUGUUCAUGAUCAUCAUGUCCUUCCUCAUCCUGGCUCACAAUGUGAACUCAGCUAAUUUCAACUUCCCCAGUUUUGGGCCAUACACGAACAGCAUCACCUUCCAAGGCGAUGCCUUUGAAACAAACGGUGUUCUGCAACUUACAAAGACAGCAUACGGUGCUCCUCUUCCCAACAGUGCUGGCAGAGCCUCCUAUGCUGGACCAGUGCACCUCUGGGAUUCCAAAACAGGGGAACUUGCUGGGUUCACCACCACCUUCACUUUUAUUCAGGCACCAACUGGUCCAGGUCUUCAUGGAGAUGGAAUCUCCUUUUUCCUUGCACCAUUCAACUCCACCAUCCCGAAAAACUCAACAGGUGGAUUCCUUGGACUCUUCAGCGAGGACUCUGCUUUCAACGCCUACCAGAACCAAAUAGUGGCGGUUGAGUUUGACUCCUUUGGGAACACAUGGGAUCCUGUCUCCUCCCACAUAGGCAUUGACAUAAACUCCAUUGUCUCAGCAACAACCGCGUCGUGGCAGAAUGGGAACUAUGCCAGCGUAUCAUCAGCCUUCGCCACCGUGAGCUAUGAACCUGUUGCCAAAAAUCUGACUGUGGCGGUGAGGCAGGGGAGUGAGAGUGUUCCUUCUGCUAGUCUCUCGUUUGUGGUUGAUCUGAGGACUGUUCUUCCUGAAUGGGUUAGAGUUGGGUUCUCUGGCGCCACCGGACAGCUGGUUGAACAACACAAGAUUUUUUCUUGGAAUUUCAGUUCAAGCUUCACUUAUUAGAGUGGUGCUAUAUAGUACUGUUCCAUGUUGGCCAUAUAAGAUAAAAUUUUAUGGCUUCAAAAUAAAACAUUAUAUGUUUAAUAUUUAUUGCUUAAAAGCAUUUGCAAUGGAUUAUGUGAUCUUAAUUAUUUGUGUGA